UUUGACACCUGGUUUGCUGAAAAUAAUCAGGUGAUGUCUUGGCUGUGCAACUCAAUGACUCUUGAAAUCAGUGAAGGAUACCUCUUGGCAAGCACAGCUAAGGAAAUCUGGGACGCUGCUAAGAGGACUUACUCCACACUAGACAACACUGCAGCCCUAUUGGAUCUAAGGAGGCAGCUCAAAGAUCUGAAGCAAGGAAACUUAACUGUAACACAAUAUUACAGCACUUUAACGAAGAUAUGGCAGCAGUUGGAUCUCUUUGAAGUUCAUCCUUGGAAGGACAUGGAUGAUGCUAAUUACUACAGACAACUGGUGGAAAAAGGACGAACCUAUGACUUCCUAUUGGGUUUGAAUGAUGUCUUUGAAGAAGUAAGAGGCAGAAUUAUGGGUCUAAAACCGCUUCCCUCCCUAUUUGAAGUCUUCAGUAUGGUCAAGUUUGAAGAAAGCCGGAGACACCUCACUCAGGGUAACCAAACCCCAGUAGAUGGCUCAGCAUUAGUCACGAGGAGGUCCCCAACAUUCGAGGGAUCUGAGAAGAAAGGGAACAAGUGGUGCAAUCACUGUAACAAGAAAGGCCACACCAGAGACGAAUGUUGGAAACUACAUGGGAAACCAACCCAAGGGAAGCAGAAACAACGGGAAGAUAGAAAAAGCCACCACACCUCCUCUGAAGAAAAAGGUGAUGAGGGAGACCAGUUGACCAGAGAAGAGCUUCAAAUGCUUCGUAAGAUACUUGAAAAACAAAACAAAUCAAAAUCUGUUCCCAACGUGAACUUGAUUCAGUCAGGAUUCGACCUCGGGGAGGAAGAUUUUGACUGCUAAAGAAUGGGAUGGACUCUACUACUUUGAAGGAAAAGAUAUGAAGACUGCAGGAGCAAAGAAAGCUAUGGUUAGCUCUAAUUCUCAGAAUAAAAAUGUAAUGUUGUGGCAUCAAAGAUUAGGCCACCCCAGCUUUGAUUAUAUGAAGCAUGUGUUUCCAACUUUAUUCAAUAAAAAUUCUUUUCCUUUCCAAUGUGAAACGUGUCAAAUUGCCAAACAAACUCGCGCCUCUUAUCCCAAACAUACUUACAAACCUACUGCCCCGUUUACAUUGAUUCAUACUGACAUUUGGGGACCAGCCAAAAUCAACACCCGAACAGGCACAAAGUGGUUUAUUACAUUCAUCGAUGAUCACACCCGGGUCACAUGGGUUUACCUUAUGAAAGAAAAAUCCGAAGCUUUACAAAUUUUCAAAAACUUUCACUCUUUUGUGAGAACCCAAUUCCAAACUCCCAUCAAAGUUCUGAGAAGUGACAAUGCCAAAGAGUAUGUGAGUGGAGCCUUUAGGGAAUUUCUUGAGCAGGAAGGAAUCCAUCACCAAACCUCAUGUGUCUA